CAGCAAUGCUGAGUGACAUUAACUCUGUGAAGCUGAAAAGUGAUUGUUCACCUCCUGUGCAAUGGUGUGAGGUGGCUGCACACGAAGAUGAGAAGACCAAGCUGGUUUUUAAAAGGUACUCGCAAACUUCUUGCACUGUUUGUGGUUGGAGGGUGCUUCCUUUAUAUCCUCAAAUUCCAUUUUGGCCCUGAAGAAUGUGACAGAACAAAAAUGCCGUAUGUGGACCUCGAUCGUGUAAGGAGAGCACAACAGUAUGCCAGUGCUGCAUUGCAGGAACAGUGCCGACCUUCUUAUGUGAGGAAAGAAAUGGGGAAGUUAUUUGCGGAGAAAUAUAGCAUGGACAUAUCUCCCUUUGUAAGAAAAAAUAUAAAUGAAGAUGAAGCUUUAUUUAAAUAUGAACCUCCUUUUGGAUUUCACAAGUUCCUUGAUAAGCUUAAAAAUCUCCUCGAACUGUUACCUGAGCAUGAUUUACCAGAAGAUUUGAAGUCGAAACACUGUAAGCGUUGUGUUGUUGUUGGCAGUGGUGGAAUUCUUCAUGGAUCAGAGCUGGGUCACUUACUGAACCAGUUUGAUAUUGUUAUAAG